AGCAGAUAGAAUCUCGCGCACACACACACACACACACACACACACACACACACUGACAGCGGCUCCAUUGAUUGUCUGCAGGCUGGAAACACACGCGUGUGAGUGCCAUGCCGAAUAAAACCAAGAAAGACAAGGAUUCACCAAAAUCUGCAAAAGUGAGUAAAACUGGAGGACAGGAUAACUCUGAGCAUGAGGGCUCGAAUAAGAAGGGCUCUAACAGCGUGCCGCCCGUCACACAGCUGCUGAAGGGCAAAGCGUCCGGAUCUCAGGCUCCGCUGAAGAAGGAGAAGCGUCCGAGCUCGUCUCGAUUCAGUCUGAGCAACAACCGAGAGCUGCAGAAGCUGCCCGCGCUCAAAGAUGUUCCUCCGGCCGAGCAGGAGAAGUUAUUCGUGCAGAAGCUGCGUCAGUGCUGCGUCCUCUUCGACUUCAUCUCUGACCCCUUGAGUGACCUGAAAUGGAAAGAGGUGAAGCGUGCGGCGCUCAGCGAGAUGGUGGAGUACAUCACCCACAACAGGAACGUCAUCACCGAGCCCAUCUACCCCGAGGUGGUGCACAUGUUUGCAGUCAACAUGUUUAGGACGUUACCUCCAUCGUCCAACCCAACCGGAGCAGAGUUUGACCCCGAGGAGGAUGAACCCACGCUAGAAGCGGCCUGGCCUCACCUGCAGCUCGUUUAUGAAUUUUUCCUGCGGUUUUUAGAGUCACCAGACUUUCAACCAAACAUAGCCAAGAAAUACAUCGACCAGAAGUUUGUGAUGCAGCUCUUGGAGCUGUUUGACAGUGAAGAUCCUCGCGAGCGUGACUUCCUGAAGACGACCCUCCACCGCAUCUACGGGAAGUUCCUGGGUCUCCGAGCGUACAUCCGGAAACAGAUUAAUAACAUUUUCUAUAGCUUCAUCUAUGAAACAGAGCAUCAUAACGGAAUAGCCGAACUUCUGGAAAUAUUAGGAAGCAUCAUUAACGGCUUCGCCUUACCGCUGAAAGAAGAGCACAAAAUCUUCCUUUUAAAAGUGUUGUUACCUUUGCAUAAAGUCAAGUCCCUCAGUGUUUAUCACCCACAGCUGGCGUACUGUGUGGUUCAGUUUCUGGAGAAGGACAGCACACUCACAGAACCGGUGGUGAUGGCUCUUCUCAAAUACUGGCCAAAGACUCACAGUCCGAAGGAAGUGAUGUUUCUGAACGAGCUGGAAGAGAUCCUGGACGUCAUCGAGCCGUCAGAGUUUGUUAAAGUGAUGGAGCCGCUCUUCAGACAGCUGGCCAAAUGUGUCUCCAGUCCACACUUCCAGGUCGCAGAGCGAGCGCUCUACUACUGGAAUAACGAGUACAUCAUGAGUUUAAUCAGCGAUAACGCUGCCAGGAUCCUGCCCAUCAUGUUCCCCUCGCUGUACCGAAACUCCAAAACCCACUGGAACAAGACGAUCCAUGGGCUGAUCUAUAACGCUCUGAAGCUCUUCAUGGAGAUGAAUCAGAAGCUGUUUGACGACUGCACACAGCAGUUCAGGGCCGAGAAGAACAAAGAAAAGGCCAAGUGGAAAGAGCGUGAGGAGGCAUGGAUAAAGAUUGAGAAUCUGGCCAAAUCAAACCCACAGUUUGUGAUGCACAUCGACUCCAGCAGCCUCAGCAGUCCGAUGGACAUGGAGACAGACCAGAUCAUUGAGGAUGUCAGGAUGCUAAAGAAGACCGUAGAAGAAGAAGCCACUCAGAUCCACAGAGACCAGCGUAGAGAACGUCCCCUGAUGCGACGCAAGUCCGAGCUGCCUCAGGAUACCUCCACCAUGAAUGCCCUGGAGACGCACCGGUGUGCCGAGGACAUGAUUGGUGCCCAGGACGGCCACUAGAGGACCACAGACGCCCGAACCCCAGUCACCACCUUCAGCACAGAUGACCAGCGGUGGAGGACCACAAACACACGAACACGUUCUGUCCAGAACCAACCGCGCCGGAGCUCAUCCCACAUCCAGACCCCCUCGAUCCUGACUCAUCCUCUUCUCCGCUUUCGUUUGUCCGUUUCUCUCUCUUAAAGGGAUAGUUCACUCCUAAAUGAAAAUUCUGUUGUUAAUUACUUUCCCAACCCGUAAGAUCUCCGUUCAUCUUCAGAACACAAAUGAAGAUAUUUCUGAUGAAAUCCGAGAGCGCUCUAACCCUGCAUUGACAACAAUGCAACUGAAAUGUUCCCAGGCCCACAAACUUAGAAAUCAGUGAAACAUCAGGGGUUAACGAAGCUAUUACAAUACUGCGCGAAGAAAACAAAAAUAACGACUUUAUUUAACAAUUCUUCUCUUCCAAAUCAUGUAUUCUGCCAUUACGGAGAGUAUCAAAACACAUGUUUGCGCUUUUCCCAAAAUUUUAUUAACGUUUUCAUUAUUGUUUACGUUCAGGAGGAAAUGCGCAAAUGCUAAACGUAAACAACGCUGAUUGAGUUCUGGGGGAAACGUAACUCUGGGAGAAGAAUUGUUAAAUAAAUUGUUAUUUUCUUUGCGCAUAAAAAGUAUUCUCGUAGCUUUGCAGAAUUGUAGUUGAGCCACUGAUGUCAUAUGGACUGUUUUAACGAUAUCCUGAUUACGUGUCUGCGACUGCGAACAUUUCCGUUGUAUUGCUCUCAGUGCAGGAUCAGAGAGCUCUCGGAUUUCAUCAGAAAUAUCUUAAUUUGUGUUCCGAAGGUCUUACGGGUUUGGAGCGCCAUGAGGAUGAGUAAUCAAUGACAGAAUUUACAUUUUUGCGUGAACUAUCCGUUCGAGCUUGAACCGCACUUUUAUUCGGGCGAGCGAACGAUUCUCAGGUUGUUCGGAGGCCGAGAGCAGCGAACCCUGUUCAGAUUUGUGUUCACUUGUUUCUGAAAUGAAACCGACUCGGUGUGUAUUUCACAUCACGCUUGCAAAAUACCCUUUUGUUUUUGUCCAGAUACUUUGCAAUAAGUUCGUCCAGGGAGAUUUUGGUUGUUCAAACAAUGGCGAGUGGCCUUACGGUGGUGAACUAGUUUUUAAAUGAGCGUUAAAGCAUUUAAACAGGCAAUACCGAACGGUUUGUUUACCCAGUUUUCAACCAAGCCUUUAUUUGCAUAGAGUGCCUUUUUAGAUCGAGGAAAAAAGUAGUUUUCGCUGGUUUGGCUAACGAGAAAUGCGGAACCCAGAGAAGCCUGACAAAAGAGAAGUUCUCCUGAUAAACUUGAACGACUUUCUCUGACUUGUUUGUUUUUUCUUGGGUACGGUUUGGGACGAAUCCCUCUGAACCAUUGUUUGAACUCCCAUUGGGUUUGGCCUCGUCGGAGCUACGGUGCAGUUCUCUCUCUGCGGUCGUACGGUUUUUAUUCUCGGCCCGUAUAAGCUCGUCUGUCCGAUUUGAAUGUGCAAAUAAUUAAAUUGGUUGGUUUUCUCCCUCCUGACCUUUCUCUUGGGUUUUUUCUCUCACGGCUGUAAAUCGGAAAAUAUAGUCUAUGAAAGAUGAUUUUUCUCGCCGGUGUCAAUAGCGUAACUUGCGUUCUUUUUCCAACUGGAAGCUUUCAUUGUGGUGAAUUUCACUUUACGUUUCGUUUCAUGAAAGAAAAUACAACUGCAAAGUGUCCUUUAGUAUGCGUCCCCCUACUAAAUGGCUCCAUCUGAUAUUGUACAUAUUAUGUACUGUUAUGAUCCAUCUAUUAUUGAAUGGUAGAUCUCUUAUUUUGUACAAAUUUUCUCGUGUACAGAUGAAAACCGUUAUUAGCCACUUGCAGACAGUUGGUAUUUGACAGACUUCUGUAACUGCGUUAGAAGCAUUUAGGAUUUAAUUUCUAAUGUUUUUGUUUUUUUACUAUUUGUAAUUGAGAACUUUUCUGUCUCUGCAUUCAGCUGUCUGAAGAAAUCCAUCAUAAAAUAACCUUCAUAUGUGCUUUUCUCCAAAUCUCAAGUGGUAUAUGUCUAUAUACAGGAAAUAAAGAAAACGUGUUUUAUAUUUUCAUCUUA